AAAUUCAUUCAUCAACAACAAACAAACCUAAUUAAUCACUUAUUUGCAAAAUGGGUUCAAAGGGUGUGGAAUCCAUUAUCAUUCUAUCCAUCAGUCUCCUUUUUAUUUCUACUUUUAUCUCUGCCAAUCGGGUUCCGCCACCAACACCACCAUCACCUGUGAUAUGUCAAUCAACACCGCCACCUGUGAUAACUCCUUCGACACCCCCACCUAAGGUGCCUCCUACAACACCACCUAGAACACCUCCUUCUUCACCACCAUCAGUUCCUCCAACACCCCCACCUAUGGUGCCUCCUACGACACCUCCUUCUACACCACCCAGAACACCUCCUUCUUCACCACCAUCAGUUCCUCCGACAUCCCCACCUAUGGUGCCUCCUACGACACCUCCUUCUACACCACCCAGAACACCUUCUUCACCACCAUCAGUUCCUCCGACAUCCCCACCUAUGGUGCCUCCUACGACACCUCCUUCUACACCACCCAUAACACCUCCUUCUUCACCACCUUCAGUUCCUCCAACAUCCCCACCUAUGGUGCCUCCUACGACACCUCCUUCUACACCACCAUCAAUUCCACCCCCACCCAAGGUGACUCCUACGACACCACCUACUUGUGACAUUAGGAAGUUAAGCGUUUGUGUUGAUCUGUUGGAUAGAGUUAAAGUAGUGAUCGGAGGACCACGAAGCACACCUUGUUGCCAAUUCAUCAAUGGCCUUGUUGGUCUUGAUGCCUCUGUUUGUGUUUGCGCUGCACUCAAAGCUAAUGUAUUGGGAGUCAUUGUUAACCUUAAUGCUACCUUACAGCUACUUCUCAACCAGUGUGGCCAUGUCCAGCCUGCUAAUUACAUAUGUCAUUAAGAACUUAACAUGUUCUUAAUUAGCAAUUAAUGGCCAAUGCAUGCCAUAGCAAAUGGACGAAUCCUAUUAUAUUAACUAAUUAUGUACUAGCAAUAAAUUAAUAACGUCCAUUAUUAUAUAAUAAUACUAAACUAUAUAUUUAUGUUUUUGUUGAAAUAUAUUGAUGGAAGCCUCUGCAUUUGUCGAUUGUUGGGAGCGAAAGUUGCUUAAUAAAUAUGUCUUUUUAUAUAUAGUUUUUGAAA